AUGAGGGAAAAUGCUUUGCUGGAGCUAAGUAAGAAGCAAGAAUCUGUUCCUGACCUUGCACCCAUGCUGUGGCAUUCCUUUGGUACUACUACAGCACUUUUACAGGAAAUUAUAAAUAUUUAUCCAGCUAUCAAUCCACCCACCUUGACAGCACACAAAACUAACAGCGUUUGCAAUGCUCUGGCAUUACUGCAACGUGUAGCAUCACAUCCAGAAGCCAGGUCAGCAUUUCUCACAGCACACAUCCCACUUUUUUUGUACCCCUUUUUGCACACAUGUUUCUUUGAGUAUCUUCGACUCACCAGCCUUGAAGUUAUUGGGACCCUGGUGAAAACAGAUGAACAAGGAGUAAUCAACUUUUUACUGACAACAGAAAUUAUCCCUUUAUGUUUGCAAAUUAUGGAAUCUGGAAGUGAACUUUCUAAAACAGUUGCCACAUUCAUCCUCCAGAAGUUCUUAGAUGAUACUGGUUUGGCUUAUAUAUGUCAGAUGUAUGAGCGUUUCUCCCUUGUUGCCAAGAUCUUGGGUAAGAUGGUCCUGCAGUUAUCCAAAGAGCCUUCUGCCCGUCUGCUGAAGCAUGUAGUGAGAUGUUACAUUUGA